AAGGGAUGACGUUACUAAUGAGUUCUUACUCCGCUGGACUUGUCCUUGGACCAAGCAUUGGAGCUUUUUUGGCGUUCCCUGCAGUACACUAUCCGCAAGUAUUUACAAAAGAUUCGCUGUUUGAUCGUUAUGGUGUUCUUCUUCCUCAACUUGCCUUGGUGGUUUCUUUCGCUGUGUUAAUUCCUUUUGCUGUUUACAUUCUACCUGAUGAUAAAAGGCGGAAGAAAGAAGUUCUAACUAAUACGGAGGAACAAUCUCAAACUGAUCUGUUGCUUCAAAAGAGUUCAGACACGACGAAGCCUUACAGUAAUUCAAGAUCAAAGAUCCUAAAAUUAACGCGUAACAAAUCUUGUCUUAUGACCUGGCUUUUGUGUGGAACCUAUCGUCCAAUUGCGAUCGCUUAUGACGAGCUAUUUUCUGUGUUCGCAGCCACAUCUAAAAAAUACGGUGGAUUUGAGUUUAGCACUGCAAACAUUGGCGUAGCGCUACUUUUAGUAGCAAUCAUCAGUACCUUCGUUGAAAUACCUACAGCUACAUGGGUAGGUAAUUCUUCUUUCCUAAAUUAAGUCUGGCUCCACUAAGAUACGUGACAACGUGUUAGAGCUGCAUUUUGUUCAAAAGUUUUAAUUCAUUGUGUGUACUUUUUUUAUUCAAAUUGACAACAAAUUACUUAAACGUUUUUUCAGCUUUCUUAAUGAAAAUGCUAACAAACAUUUUUGUAAAACGAAGCAUAAUAAAUUUUAAAAAAGACUAAAAACGCUGUCUUUAAUCCAGAAUCAUGCUAUACUUUGGCUGACCAACAGAAGCGAGUUUUAUAAUA